CACACACACGCAGCCAGUUUGCUAGAGGACUCUCACUUAUCUAACAAGGUUGAAGACAAAGUUUAGCUGCUGUUAGUUUCUCUUCAUUUUUUAGUUUAGUUUAUUUUUUACACUGGACAGUACAUGUUUUAAGUGUAUAAAUAUUUUUUUAAUGUUGGACAGUACAUGUAUUAAGUGUAUAAGUAUUUUUUAAUGCUGGAGAUUACGUGUUUUAACUGUAUUUGCUGGGAGAAAAUGCCAGUGGUUCCAGUGGUGGAAAGAGACUGUCAGAUCACCAGGGUGAACCAAUCCCAGCACAGGGGAAAACACUGAACCAACCGUAUCAAUUCCCUGUAUUGUCAUUCCUUCCCCUGGGGCAGGAUUCUUCCCCCUGUGGGGCGGAGAUGGGGAGUACCCCUAAACGCUGGGUGAUUCAGCCACUGUCUCCCAAGCUGGAGCAGGCACAUCUGCGUGCCCUGCUGAACCCUGCUUCUCCAGAGGGAAGCUCCAGCCGUGAGACAGACUCUUUGACAUUUAAAUUUGACAGCAUCUCCAUUGCCCGCACCAUGGCAGGCGUUACUGUGACGUCUCAGACUGAUGAGACAGAUCUGGAUGUUGUUGUCCAGGCCCGACAGGUGUCUCUGUCUGAGGAAGGCAGCACCAGUGCCAGUGAAGACAGGCAACCCAGUAACCCCAGUACUCCCAGCAGGCCUGGCUCAUACUGUGGCUUCUAUGCAUUCGUUGAUGAGCCUGGCAGUCCAGAGGCAGAGAGCAAUGAAGCAUACAUGACCUCCCCUGAACGGCAAGUCAAACUCACCACGAUCAAGCAGGAGAGCGCGUACACCCUGCAGACUUACGCUGAGGAGAGGAGACCAGUGAGACUGUUCCAAGAGACCAACGGCGAUGCCCCUUACCAGGCACAGAGGGAGGAAGAUGCCGAGGAAGAGGAGAAGCUGGACAGGCUGGAGAUUAUUCGCAGUCAGGCCCCGAGGAGGAAACCAGAGUUUAAGGAGCAGUGGAGUGCUCUGGACGUCAAACAACCUUCCCAGAGUUUGGUGGACGGGUUCAGCAUAGUGUACAGUCCUGUCAGAUCUAAACCUGAUCAGAACCGGCCUGAACCUGGGACCAUUAAUAAUGAACAGAUCGACUUUAAUGCAGCACGGAAGCAGUUCCUCAUGAUGGAGCAGUCUCAGCUCAGUGCAGUCCUACAGAAUCGCAAGCAACAGACAAGAUUCCCACUCACAGGAACCAGCCCUACAACCAACCACAGCAGUGCAAAGCAGCCAAGCCUGACCCCUUCACCUCAGCACGAUAAAGGCUUCACAUACACAGCCGAACAGUCCACAGUAACUCUCACCAAAACCACUGAAGACAAGAUUCAGGGCAGCCCUGCCACAAAUGACCCGCAGUCUACAGUGAGAGACCUGCAUAGGAGCAACGGAUCAUCUAAUGAACUGCUCCGUUCAGAUGCUGAGCAGUACCAGUCAGUGACGAGCUCAUCAGAGACGCCCAUAGAGAGGGAGAUCCGCAUAGCUCAGGAAAGGGAGGAGAGUCUGAGACGGUCCAGGGGCAUAACACGCUCUGGUUCUUCAGAACUGAUCGAAAUCAGAACCAAACACUUGCCCUCCACUCCUCCAGCCUCACCCCUGUCCAUGUCAGUCAGGGCCAGAGACACCAACCGCGUCAGCUUCCUCAUACAGAGAGAGAUAGAGAAUGACAGGAAGAGAGAGAAGGAGAUGGAUAGGAAGAGCUCUGGGGAGGGUGGGCUCUCAGAUCUCUUCAGCAGAAAUCAUGUGGGGGAUAAAAAGAGAAUGUUUGAACCACAGAAAGAGCAAGCUCAAACCACAGCCCUCGAUAGUCCUGUGGACACUGCACGGCGACCGGCUGUAGCUGUCGAGGAAAUGUGGGUUGCAGAACGGCCGGUGCUAGUGGAUGGCCAGGAGCUCUCAGACAGUGAGGAAGAUGAGGCAGAGGAAGAGCCUCUCUCACCUUGCUGCCCGCAUCGCCACCCUAAUGAAAUCGCUGUGUCGAUGAGCCGAACAGAAAAGCCAUCAUACGCUGGUGGGCACUGGAGCCCCCCAACUGGUGUUAAAGUUCUGCCCAGUCCCCUUACAGAGGAGAGGACACACAUACCGUCACUGCCGCUGAUCAGCGUCCAAAGGCAAAAAACAGAUCUCAGAGCUGGCCCCGAGUCUUUGCCCUCCUCACCUACCACUGAAUCGAGCCAGAUAUCCAGUCCACGGUGGCGGUCACAUCUGGACCUGUUUGAUGAGAGUCCUCGCCUGCAGAACGCUCCAGAUCUGAUCCGCAGAGAGAUGGAGCAGGACCAACGCAGGGAGCAGGAGCUCCUGGAGCAGAGAGCAGCCAACCUCCUUCUCCUGUCCUCUCACAAACCAACAGAGCCAGGGGAACAGCCCAGUCAUAGGGAAAAGGAAAAGUUAAGCUCACCAACCAGCGCUCACACAGAUUUGGUGGACUCUGCAGAACAAUACACAAAGAUGAUGAAAUCUAAUGACUAUUUUUCCCGGAAGCUGGAUCAGAACACCGAUACAGUGCAGUCAGAAGAUGAAAACCCUGCCACCAGACUUCCAUCAAUCUCCAUUCUCGCCGCUCAGCCCUGGGGCCGAGUCAAGCCCAGCUCCCCUACUGUUGCCCAGGUGCCUCCACACCUGCCCACCACGCCCACUCAGAGGGGCCUAACUGAGACUCUGCUGGGGGACUUUGAAGAGAGACGAAUUCGGCAGAAACAGGAGGAAGCAGCCUAUGCAGGAAUCCAGCCCAUUGACGACAUCAACAAUGAGGUCGUGGAGUCAACACGUGUCACCAGGCACAAAAACCUGCGUGCCCUGCGCUGGGAGGCAGGAGUGUAUGAGAACCAGAGCGCUGACUAAAUCCCCACUGCUCCCACUGCAGCACUCUAACACCUGUUUCACCAGUUUAACGACCCAAUUUAACAUUUUAACCAGUUUAAUCCCACACCAGCCUGUAGAAAUAGCUCUCUGUAUAAAUGGACAGUAGAUGGCGAUAGCAAGUUAGUGAAAAGUUAAUGUGAUUGAAAUUUGAAAGCUUCAUUAUUCAGCUUCUGCCAUCAUCAUCAUCAUCUUUACCGGAACUUAUCUAAUCAUGUGCUUCUUUAGCUAAGAUAUAUUAUCAAAUUAUGAGAUUGUUCUCUGAUUCACAGUAUUGUCUUUAAAAUAUCUUUAAAUUUGUUAAUAUUGUAGAAAGAGCAAGGAUCCAAAAAUGAAAAAAGGAACUGCUCAUGGUAUUUCUGUACAUGAGGCCAUUUGAGAUAUUGUAUGCACAGAGUGUGAACAGAUUGAGAUAUUGUAUGCACAGAGUGUGAACAGAUUGAGAUAUUGUAUGCACAGAGUGUGAACAGAGAGAAAUGCAAAAUGAGAACCCUUACAAGAUGCUUAUUUUUCUCAGCCAAUAUUAUUAGGAGCUCAGUGAAAUAAAAUACAGCCCCAAAAGUCUCA